AUGGAGAAUCUGAACGACGAUAAGGUCCGCGACAUCGAUGCAAUGCCGAUCAAACUCUACUAUCGAGAUCCUUGUAAGACGAACGACAAGGCCACGCUGAAUUGUUUGAGAAAUCACGAUCUCAAUAUACCCUAUACCAUCAACACUGUUCACUUGCAGAACCCGUACAAGUCGCCUCAGCGACUGGAGGGAUACGCCACGCGGGAUAACUAUAAAAUACGACCAACGUCUGUGAAGAUCAUGUAUCGGUCGAAGGACACGGCAUUGAGAUCGAGAUUCAAUAAAAAUAUAAUAUCGAAGAGAGACAAUGCUACGGCACAACAUCACGACAAUGAUAAGACUAUAAGGAAACACGAAAGCGCGCAGCAGUGCUUAAAUGAUCCAGAUAUAAAAAAUGUCCUCAAGCAAUAUUGCACGAACAGUUCGCUUCAUGGCUUGCGUUACGUCGGUGAUUCGAACCUGACGAUCGUCGAAAGAAUCUUCUGGAUAAUAUCGUUCACGCUAGCCGUGUUAACCGCAAGUUAUUACAUUUGGUAUCUGUACCAGAAGUGGGUCUCGACGCCUAUCAUAAUCUCCCUGAGUCCCGAAUCGGUGUCUUUAAAUGAAUUCCCGUUUCCCUCGGUCACCAUUUGCAACAUGAACAACGCGAAGAACAGCGAAGCCGUACGCAUAAACGCUGGGAACGAUAUGCGUGAAAAGCUGUUACUGGAAGACAGAUGCAACUUUGAAACGAAUUUAACGGCCUUUAAUUUCGACGAGAACGCGAUAUCAUGGCACAGCAUGCUGCAUUUUAUGAUCAAUGUUUCGCAAUCCUGCUCGGAGAUGUUGCAUUUGUGCCAGUGGCAUGGAAACAUAACCGACUGCGAGAAGAUUUUCAAUCCCACCAUGACCGACGAGGGAAUAUGUUGCAACUUCAAUUCCGUUCAUCGAAAAUACCUGUUUUACAAUCCACGAGAUUGGUCAGACCUCAACAUCACGUUCCCAUACAAUAGCACCGAUUGGAACCCUGAAACUGGCUACGAUGAAAAUGUGGUCGCCGAUACUAUACCAUGGAGACCGUACGGCGCUGGACAAUUCUACGGUUUGACUUUGGUCCUCGACGCAGACAUUCCAGAAUAUUAUUGUUCAUCCACUGCUAGCGUGGGUUUCAAGAUGCUGCUUCACAACCCAGUGGAGACCCCUAAAAUAGCUGAAUUUGCGUUCACUGUGACGCCGGGUGAGGAGACUAGAGUAAUCGUAUCACCCCGGUUAUCGACCGCCAGCAAGUCGAUAAUAUCCGUUCCCCAGAGGAAGAGGAAGUGUUUCUUCACGUCAGAGAGAAAGUUACGGUAUUACAGGACCUACACACAAAAGAACUGCGUUUUGGAAUGCGAGGCGAACUUCACCCAAAAGAUUUGCCACUGCGUCCAAUACUACAUGCCGAAGUCUUCGAACACGCCGAUCUGCGAGAAGAAAGAUGAUGCAUGCGCGACGGACGCACGAAGAGCAAUGGAACUAAAACUUUACGAUGACGACAGCGGCAUAACUUCCAUAAACGUUUCCGAAACACCCAGCUGCAACUGUUACCCCGGAUGCUUCGAGAUCAAUUACAACGUUGAGAUUUCGCAGAGCAAAUUAGUUCCAAACUUCAAUAUUGCUGAGAACUACAUAAAGAAGAGCAAAAAAUAUUUCACCGAAAAUAUGGCGGUGGUUCAUUUGUUUUUUGUCGAGUCUCAGUUCACAAAAUACGUGAAGAACGAACUAUUUGGAUUCACGGAAUUUCUCUCAAGUACGGGUGGCUUACUGGGACUCUUCAUGGGCUUUAGUUUUCUGUCACUGGUGGAAAUCGUCUACUUCCUACUGCUACGGACCUGCUAUCGCAUAUACAAGAAUAAUCAUAUUCCGCCUAACAUUGUUCAAGUGCAGCCGUCAAAUCAGAGUCAAAACGUAGUUUACCCAUUUGUACAGUAA